AAUCCGCUAUAUGCCGUCGUAUACGCGUAAAUCUAUCUUACAUAUAGAGCAUUUCUGUUCUGUUAUCAUAGCUUCUUGAAAUGUGUCCAUCAAGACGACAGAAGGAGAGUGUGGACGUGAAUGAAUUGCUAUCGCCAGAAAGAGAACCGAGAAGAUAUGAGCUAAUUGUUCUACAGCACCCAGAGAUCGCUAGAGCUUCAUCGUCUACCGAGAGAGAUAGACGUGUUGUAGACCCACCUACGAUUCUACAACUCAAGAUAUAUGAUAAAAAAGGCUUAAUAGAUGAUAGCGCCCUAAGGUCACCAUACUGGGUUGUACAGGCCUUAUUACAAGGAAAUUACGACAAACCAGCUUCCCAGUUGCUACAAGGACAGCUAACAUCAUCAGCGUCGUAUGUUACAAAUGGCUUCGCACAUAGCGCAGGGUGUUACUUUUACUUCAGUGAUCUUGCUAUUACAGAACCGGGCGUUUAUCAUCUCAAAUAUAUUCUCACCACUGUAUAUGCUUUUCCUGGUACAGCAAAUGAGCUACCUGUACUUGCUGAAUCAUUUUCAAAACCUAUCAGGGCAUCUUUACCGAAAGACUUCCCUGGUAUGUCAGCAUCAUCAGAAUUAGCGAAAAGUCUAGCGGAACACAGCGUUGGGCUAUCCAUAAGGAAUAUGGAUUAUCGUAAUCGCUGAAAUUAGAACUAAUUAUAUCCAAUAAUGCUUAUUUAAUGAUUUAAUGAACAGAAGUGAUGUCGUGGUAUACUUAAUAUGUAUUCAUCAUGUAGAAUCAGCAUUCGCAUUUUAACUAGCUGACAGUUUUUCUAUUUAAGACCGCUAGUGCAAAGUAUGGAUUUUACUGUGAUCUCAUCAAAUAUUCGGACGUCAAGUAAAAGUUUUUUCGUUUAUUAUACGGAAUGCAAAGUAACCUACUGUAUUCUAAGCGCCUAAUAAUCGUAUACUAUGCUAGAUACUCCGCUAUGUUCCAACUUUCGCGUCGAAAUAACAUGGGCGCGCAUGUCGAUCAUCUUUAUCUACCAUAGGAUUCUCUGUGUGAAGGUAAAAAGUAAUAGCGCUCACUACUGUCUACGCUGAUUUUGUAUCAUUUCGUUC